AUGGCUUCCCUCGGCGACUACCCAUUGCGUCAAAGGCGUUUUGCCCCCCUUAACCCCUCCAAACCGACUUCCUCCGCGCCCCCACUCAAAGGCAUCGUCUUUGACAAUAAAAGGCUAACACAAAACAGAGCCGCCCUCAACAUCGACAAAAAAGUCGACAUCCUACACCACAUCAGCCGACUCCCCACCCCAGAAUCGCAACUCGAAGCCGCCAACAAAAUCAAAGCCAUUGAACGAACCGCCAUGCGCACCCAACAACCUCAACCCGGGUUAGUCCAGUUAAUGGAUUUUCUCGAGGAGAGGGGGGUGAAACGCGCUUUGUGUACGAGGAAUUUUGAGGCCCCCGUCUUGCACCUCCUCAAUAAUCAUCUCCCUGCCCACGUCUUCCUCCCUAUCAUCACUCGUGAAACACCUGGGUUAAUGCCCAAGCCUGAUCCCGCCGGGAUAUUGUUCAUCGCGAACGAGUGGGGCUUGGAUGGUGGGGCCGGGGGGUUGAUCAUGGUGGGCGAUAGUCUCGACGACAUGACGGCUGGACAUACCGCCGGCGCAGCAACAGUACUGCUUUUGAAUGACCAUAAUGCGCAUUUGAAAGACCAUGCGCAUACGGAUCUGUGUAUCGAGAGAUUGGAUGAGUUGAUUGAUAUUCUGGAUGAAGGGUUUGUAGGACAUCGUGGUGGGGAAAAGGUUCCUACGGCUACGGAUCAGGAGACAGAGUAAGGGAUUCUAGAGUCUUGUACAUUAAACAUGGUUCGGAGCUGUACAUAUGGGACUCCUGGCUUUUAGGUGAAGGUGCAAGACGAGCAGCUUUUGAUAUACACAUCAAUCAAUCAAACCCCGGGGUAUAGCUGUACAAACAGGAAACGCCAACCGAGUCAACGACCUGUCUUCAUUAUUCAUCACACCAAAUCAUCACAGUCGGAACU